UAAACAUAUUCAAGUUAGGAUCCAAGUAAUGUCUAAACAUAAAACAAAGUAUAACCAAACAUGAGGCACUCAGAAAGUCAGCAUUCGCGUGCCCAUGCAGACGUGAAUAAGGCUUGAGUAUAUUCUUGGCCGAACAUAAAUUAUUUGUUCACAAUGGGGAUUCAUCGGCUCUAUCACAAUAUUGUGUAUCUUCUAAUAGUUCUUCAAUGCGCGAGUACAGCUGACGAGGAUACGUCUCCGUGGCGUUGGGUGUGUGAGGAUGGCCGCUGUGUGAAGAAAGAACAUGACCCACAGAGCAAGGAGCCAGCGUUGGCCCUGGAGGCCUGCAAGAUGUUUUGUAACGAAAAUGGAUUACUUUGGCCGAAGCCGACUGGGGAAGUUAGUCUGGGAAAUUUCUUGUCCAAAAUCAACAUCAACAACAUAAAAGUGGAGAUCGACAAGCGAGGAAGAUCUGAUGAUUUGAUGGAUGCUGCUGGAACGCGUUUCCAGCACAUGGUAUCUGUAGUGGUACCAGCAGGGUUGACUCCGAAGGCUGCCGGAAAAACUGUCACCGUUUAUCUUGUUAACGAGAACCCUGAUGUCAGAGAGUUUUCUCUGGAAGCAGACGAGGGUUACAGCAUCCGAGUAGCGGCCGCAGCAAACGACAGAAUCAACGCCACAAUUACCGGGCGCACUUUCUUCGGUGUCCGCAAUGGCUUGGAGACUCUCUCUCAACUCUUCGUCUACGAUGACCUCAAGAAUCAACUUCUGUUGGUUCGAGAUGUUUCUAUAACUGACCAGCCCGUGUAUCCAUACCGGGGUAUUCUGCUCGACACAGCGAGAAAUUACUUCAGUCUGCAGUCCAUCCAAGCUAUCAUUGAGGCCAUGGCUGUCGUCAAGCUGAAUACAUUCCACUGGCACAUCACCGAUAGCCAGAGUUUUCCGUUUGUGUCUCGACGAAGACCCAACCUUACCAGAUACGGAGCGUACUCUCCUAGACAGAUAUACACUCGAGAGAUGAUAGAGGAGGUGGUUGAGUUCGGGCUGCAGCGAGGAGUGCGAGUGAUGCCGGAGUUCGAUGCGCCUGCGCACGUGGGCGAGGGUUGGCAGAACACCAACCUGACCGUGUGCUUCAAGGCGGAACCGUGGAAGUCCUACUGUGUGGAGCCUCCGUGUGGACAGCUGAACCCGACCCGCGAGGAACUGUACGAUGUGCUGGAGGAUAUCUAUACUGACAUGCAAGAGGUAUUCAAGCCAGACAUCUUCCACAUGGGAGGUGACGAGGUCAGCGAGCGCUGCUGGAACAGUUCCCAGGAGAUCCAGCAGUUUAUGAUCCAGAACCGCUGGGGUCUGGACAAGACUUCGUUCUUAAAGCUCUGGAAUUAUUUCCAGACCAAAGCCCAGGAUAAAGCUUAUAAGGCAUUCGGCAAACGUCUUCCGAUUAUUAUGUGGACUAGCACACUCACGGACUACACACACAUAGAGAACUUCCUCAAUAAAGAUGAUUAUAUCAUUCAAGUGUGGACCACGGGAGUUGACCCUCAAAUAAGAGGUCUGCUGCAGAAGGGGUACAGACUUAUCAUGUCCAACUACGAUGCGCUUUACUUUGAUUGCGGCUUCGGUGCCUGGAUCGGGGAAGGUAACAACUGGUGCGCUCCAUACAUCGGCUGGCAGAAGGUUUACGAGAACAGUCCUCGGGACAUGGCGCAACAAUACCAGGAUCUUAUUCUAGGUGGUGAAGCUGCUUUGUGGUCCGAGCAAACUGAUUCAUCUACUGCUGAGAGUCGACUGUGGCCGCGUGCCGCCGCCAUGGCAGAGCGACUGUGGGCAGAACCUCGCGAAAACUGGCGCAGCGCUGAGCGACGUAUGCUGGCAGUCAGGGAGCGUCUUGUCAGACUGGGUAUACAAGCGGACUCGGUGGAGCCAGAGUGGUGCUAUCAAAAUGAUGGCUACUGUUAUUAAACAAAUAUAUUUUGAUUUAAGUACUCAAAAAAUUUAUUCUAUGAGAUUAUUAUACAAAAAAGUUGCUCGAAGCUUACUCAUACUGCAGGAAAUUUUUCUGAAGAAUUCUCUCAUUAUUUAGUAUAUUCGAUUUUAAUGAUGAAUAUUGAGUAACGGCCGUUCCCAAUAUACUAUCUACAGAUAGAGAUAAAUUACUACCUUCUACUGUCAGUAAUUAGCUGUCAAUAAUCUGAAGCUGUUCCAAUAUACCCGAUUAGUCAUUCUUAUCGCCUUAUAAUGGUACGCGUGAAUUGCAAUUUCCAUACAAACUUCUAUCGCUGGUAAGCUAUACGUCGUCAAAUUAACAGACAGUGUGUACGGAUAAGGUGAGUUGCCGUCGAUAAGUUUAUUGGGACAGAAAAGUCAACAAUAGUUACGAUUUUUAUCUCAAGUAAAAGAUAGACUGAAUAUUGGGAGUGGCCGAUAGAUUAGAUAUAUAUCAAGUCAAUAUUCGUGUUAUAACUUGUAAAAUAAUACUAGGUCUGCAUAUAUGAUUUUCAUAUUAAAUUAUGUUACUCAAUUGAGAUUAUGUUUAAUGUAAGUAACAAUCUGAUCAUAAUAAAACUCUAUUUUGUA